AUGAGACCUGGAGCCGCACUAUAUGAAGCCGAGCAGCAAGCACGUGCAAAAUAUGGUGAAAAUGCGACCAUUUUACAGCUAGCAAUGAAAAGCGGGAAAUUGAAAUUGGCCAGAUUCUUACUUGAAGAAGGUGCUGAUAUACAUGUUCCAGCAGUUGCAUUGUCAGGCACACCUCUCCAAGAGGCAAUCGAUAAAGGGGAACUCGAAUUCGCACGCUCUGUCCUGGACGGAGCUGCUGAUGUGAACGCCGUCCCAGCGCUUUAUAACUUCACUGCUCCUGAAGCAGCCGCUCGAACAGGUAUACAUCGCAAUAGAGCUUCUUCGACGCGGAGCGCAUGCUGCCAGUGCUGCAUCAGCAUUCGGUAA